ACUGCUAGCUUGUCGUGAAUGACAUCAUGCGGUUCUCCGUGUGUCCGUCUGCGACAUGACUCCUCCGCGGUGUUACGGUCAGUCAGGAGGUUUAUUUAAACCCAACCGAGAAGCUUCACUCGGUGUAAAGUGAUGCAGCAGAAGUUGUGUUCCAGAGGUUCUGGUUCCUUCCACCUGGAGAGGAACGGUCAGGCCUGUGGCGCCGUCCUACACUCUGUCGCCUCUUGCUCGCUCCCGUUCCGCUGUCCCCGCUGCGACGAGCUGGAGCGCUUCCACAGCCUGGCCUCACUCCGCGCCCACCUGGAAUACAGACACUCGUACUGCUCACCAGACCUGACCUCCGGAGGUUUCAGCAUCACCGGGAAACUCCCCGACCCGCUGACGGCGGCCAUUCCCUGGCAGGACAUGAGCCUCCCGACCCGCAGGGGGCAGCACGGGGCCGUCAGACCGCCUCACGUUCGCUCCCUCAGCGACAGCAGAGACGGCAGAGACCUGCAGCCCUACAGCUCUGUGAGGAGGCGCACCCAGAGGGUGGGGGUGAGGACGCAGGCGGAGGAAGAGGUGGAGGGAGGGGAGGAGGAUGACGAUACAGGAGAAGAGGAGGAGGAGGAAGAUUACGGUGAAGACAAACGUGGAAGUAGAGAUGAUCAGGACACAAAAGUAUCCAUUAGAAAAUCUGACAUGUGCCCCCAACAUCAUUACCUCCUGUUCCCCGCUCCAGCUUCUCUAGACCUGAACCCAGACCAAGACCAGGACCUGGACCUGGUUGCUCAGAGCUCCUUCUCCGGAGUGGAGACGGCAGCGGCUUCGGCGGCAGUGCGUCGACGGCUGGCCCGGAUCCUGCGGGCCGCCGACAGCACCAUGCAGCGCCGGCUGGCCCAGCUCAGCACCGAGCUGGCCAGGACUGACACAGAGCUGCUCUGCGAGCGCGCUCACUCCCAGCACCUGGCCCAGGAGCGGCAGGAGGUGGCCGACAGGGAGAGGUCCCUGAGCCGGCAGGUAGAUGUGGCCGUCAUGGUGAUCGCUGCGCUGAAGGAGCAGCUGAACGCCUCGGAGAACGAGCUGGAGCGCAGAGAGAGGGAGGUUUUAACCAUCCAGAAGUUCUUGGAGGCAGCGGCUCGGCAGGAGACCAGUGGCAAAGUUCGGAUCCAGCAUUUCAUUGAGAACCUGCUGGGCCGCAUCGCUCUGGCUGAGAGGCUGGUGGAGUAUUACCACGUUAACGGCAGCACACCACAGUGCAGCCAUUACAAGCAAACUGAUACUGGCCCUCAUCGAAUCACUAAAAGCAGGUCAGCAGGAGGUCAGCUCUUCUCCUCUGCCCUCCAUGACAACAGAGCACAGUCCUCGUCCUCCUCUCAGUUCUCCAAAGUGGGCCUGGAGCGGGAGCGCCGAGAACGUCUGGCCCAGUCGUCCCGGCUGUUCUGUCGGCCCGAACACAGAGACGACAUCUGGAACCACCAGCGGCGCCGGUCCACCGGGUACGAGGCUUAGACCUGUAGAUGAGGACUAGAGAGAGGAGGAGCCAGUGCUGUUACUGAGUGGGUUUAUUCCAGUGGGAUAAUCUGUGGAAAAGUAUCAGGAAUCCAAAUAGUGAUUCCUGCUUCCAGAUUAUAAUCUACAAGGAUUAAUUUCUCCAAUUUCUAUGAAGUUCAUUA